AUGGGCCAACUUAACAAGAGUGAGGCUAGUAGAGUAUUAGCACUAGUCGACGACAUAAGUAAGUACCUAGGAAAAGACCAGAAGCCGACCAGUGGACAUCAACCAGUGGCUACACCAGCCCAUAUGUCUACACCGACGCACAUGUCUACACCAGCCCAUAUGUCUACACGGAAGCACAUGUCUACACCAGCCCAUAUGUCUACACCGACGCACAUGUCUACACCAGCCCAUAUGUCUACACCGACGCACAUGUCUACACCAGCCCAUAUGUCUACACCGACGCACAUGUCUACACCGACUCAUAUGUCUACACCGACGCACAUAGCCAAUAGUUACCAGCGAGAAGACACAGUCGAUAAUACAAUCAACAAGGGGGUACCAGGUGGUGCCGAGGCAGUCUACAGUCAGUCGUCUACGCCCCGGGCACAGUCAGUCUCUCAAGCAGCUGCGGCAGUCUGUUGUCAACACCAGAGGGUAUGACGUG